UUUAAGCCUUAACUUACAAAGAUAAUGGCAGAAACAUCAGCAGAGCAGAUUUCUGGUCACCUUGUGAUUCACUCAGAUACUCACGGUGACUCCAUCCUGGCCAGUUUUCAGGAUCAGAGGAAGAAAGGCUUUCUCUGCGACAUCACCUUAAUUGUGGAAAAUGUGCAUUUCCGGGCCCACAAAGCCUUACUUGCUGCCAGUAGCGAAUACUUCUCAGUGAUGUUUGCUGAAGAGGGGGAGAUCGGCCAGUCCAUAUAUAUGCUGGAAGGCAUGGUUGCUGAUACCUUUAGUGUCCUGCUGGAGUUCAUCUACACAGGGUAUCUCCGUGCCAAUGAGAAAACUGCAGAACAAAUCCUAGCAACUGCUCAGUUCUUAAAAGUCUCUGACCUGGUAAAGGCUUAUACAGACUUUCAAAAUAACCAUAGCUCCCCAAAGCCAGCAACUCUGAACACUGCUGGUGCUCCAGUGGUGGUAAUUUCUAACAGGAAAAAUGAUCCACCCAAGCGGAAACGAGGAAGACCAAGAAAAGUCAAUAGUUCACAGGAGGGGAACUCAGGACUGGCUGCUGAGGAAGAAAUACAGCUCAGAGUGAACAAUUCUGUUCAAAAUAGACAAAAUUUUAUGGUUAAAGAAGGAGAUUUUGGUGUAGUGGACCAACAGGUUCCAGCGAAAGAAAUGGAAGUGCCUCAGCCUACUUGUGAGUCAGGUGAUGGGGAAGAAAUGCCGGCUGAAAAAGAUGAGAACUGUGAUCCCAAGACCCAGGAUGGGCAGGACAACCAGAGUCGGUAUAGCAAGCGGAGGAUUCGCAGAUCUGUCAAACUCAAAGAUUACAAACUCGUUGGGGAUGAAGACGAUCAGGGUUCUGCCAAAAGGGUCUGUGGAAGGAGAAAACGUGCUGGCUCUGAGGCCCGCUGUAAAGAUUGUGGCAAAGUCUUUAAGUACAAUCACUUUUUAGCAAUCCACCAGAGGAGCCACACUGGGGAGCGACCUUUCAAAUGCAAUGAGUGUGGAAAAGGCUUUGCUCAGAAGCACUCCCUGCAGGUCCACACCAGGAUGCAUACUGGCGAGCGGCCGUACACCUGCACUGUCUGCAGCAAGGCUCUGACCACCAAGCACUCGCUGUUGGAGCACAUGAGUCUGCACUCAGGACAGAAGUCCUUUACCUGUGAUCAAUGUGGAAAGUACUUCAGCCAGAAAAGACAACUAAAGAGCCACUACCGGGUCCAUACAGGCCACUCGUUACCGGAGUGCAACCACUGUCAUCGCAAAUUCAUGGAUGUGUCUCAGCUAAAGAAACACCUACGCACACACACAGGUAAAUACCAUCUCUUCGUCCCUUUCCUGUACACUGUGUUUUCCAGAGAAGGAGAAAAGCCAUACUCUUGUGGCAUAUGUGGCAAAUCCUUCUCAGACUCCAGUGCCAAGAGGAGACAUUGCAUUUUGCACACAGGCAAAAAGCCUUUCUCCUGCCCUGAAUGUAAUUUGCAGUUUGCUCGCUUAGACAACUUGAAAGCUCACUUGAAAAUCCACAGCAAAGAGAAACCCGCGGUGGAUGCCAGCAGCAUCUCUGGCAGUAAUGGCACGGAAGAGGUCAGGAACAUUCUCCAGCUGCAGCCAUAUCAACUCUCUACCCCCGGAGAGCAGGAAAUUCAGCUUCUCGUAACCGAGUCUGUACACAACAUCAAUUUCAUGCCUGGUCCUAGCCAGGGAAUCAGCAUCGUCACAGCGGAGAGUUCCCAGAACCUGACCACAGACGAAGCUGCUAACCUCACCCUGCUGACGCAGCAGCCGGAGCAACUGCAGAAUUUGAUUCUUUCAGCGCAGCAGGAGCAAGCUGAACACAUUCAGAGCCUCAGUAUGAUUGAAAGUCAGAUGGAACCCUCCCAGCCCGAGCCAGUGCAUGUAAUCACACUCUCCAAGGAAACCUUGGAACAUCUUCACGCCCAUCAAGAGCAAACAGGGGAGCUCCAUUUAGCAACCAGUACUUCAGAUUCAGCUCAGCACCUGCAGCUGACACAGGAGCCUGGGCCGCUGCCACCCACCCAUCACGCGCCCCAGCCCACACAGCUUAACCAGGAGCACAGCUGA